UUUCAUCCUGUGCCUGUAACUUCCCUUCCGCUGCCAACCUGCAUAGUGCAUCACCCAUCGCCAUGGCUGCACCUCCUCCUCUUCCUCCCAUCAGCCAUGGCCCAACCACUCCCCUCAAGGCCCCAGUCACAUCACCACCCUCCCCAAUCCUGCUCACUCCCUCUACGCUGGCCAACUCCUCCCGGGACGGCGCCCUUCUUCCGCGCGAACCCAGCGGCUCUGCGUCGGCCGCGACGGUGGCUCUAUCAUCCCCGCUGGCCGGGAUCUUCAUCAACCAGCAUGUCCCGCUGGUCCUCACGCCGAACCCACCCAACUACACACAGUGGCGGACCCUCUUUGAAGUCAUGUUCGCCAAAAGCGGCGUCACCGACCACACCAUCAACCCCCCCGGCCCCCCCGGAGCGCGGCGGCGAUGUACUUGCUCCAGGACGAUGCGCACGUCAUGUCGUGGCUGUACAACCGGGUUAGCCUGGAAAUCUUUGGCCUCGUACAUCAGUGGAAUGUCACAACUGCACACAUCGGGUCUUCCAUCGCCACUCUCUUCCUGGAGAACGCCGAGCAUCAGGUCGUCUUCCUCGCCACUGAAUUCCGGCGCAUCGACCAGAGCGCGUCCUCCGUCAUCUCCUACUUCGCCCGUCUCAAGGAGUGUGCGGAUCGUCUGGCCGACCUCGGCGAGCCCGCCACUGACCGCGACCAGGUGCUCAAUAUGUUUCGUGGCCUUGCCCCUCGCCUCCACUAUAACAUUCCCAUCCUAACCAUGCAGCGUCUGCUCCCAAACUUCCUUGCUUGCCGUGCUUUUCUGCUCCUGGAGGAGAGCUAUCAUGCGGUGCACAACGACGGCCCCGCCGACAUGGCACUCCAUGUCGCACGCUUCCCCGUGCCCAGUGGAUCAGGCGGCUCCAACUCCGGCAGGGGCGGCGGCAACAACCGCCAGUACAACAACAACAACAGCGGCGGUGGCCGCUACAAGGGCAAGGGCAAAGUGCGGGCGCACUCCUCCGGUGGAGGAGGACACGGCUCCGGCAGGGGCCACUACAACAACACUAGCAGCGUCGCUGCGCCACGGGCUCCCACACCGUCCUCCGCUCCUUGGACUGGCAUGGUCCAUGCUUGGGCAAUGCCCUGGCGUCCCCAUGCUCCAGGGACCGGCAUCCUCGGCGCACGCCCCGGCGCGCGGUCUGCAUUCGCGGGCACCGUGUCCCACCUCCCGUCGGGGCCUCCCUAUGGCGCUCCCGCACCAUACGACGCUCCUACAUGGGACCAGACUGCGCUCAUCCACGCACUGAACAACAUGUCUCUGCAGCAGCCAGUGCCGCCUGCUCCUGCCGGCGAAUGGUACCUCGACACAUGGGCCACGGCGCACAUGGCCUCGUCCUCAGGAACGGCGCACAAAGAGGGAGAUCCUCCGAUGUGAUGACGACGGCGAGCUCUACCCCCUCACUACCACACGCAUCCACCACAACCUCACAGCUGCCGCGGUGGACCUUUGGCAUCGACAUCUCGGCCACCCAGGACGCGACGCUCUGGCAAUCACCCUGCGGCAAGCCUCGCCCUCGACUGUUGCCGCACCCGCUCAUACCUGCCACGCUUGUCAGUUAGGGAAAAACACUAGGCUGCCGUUUUCAGAUUCUCAGCAUGUCUUAUUUUCCAUUUCAACUAGUUCAUUGUGAUAUAUGGACCUCCCCUAUACCUAGUUUAUCUGGCCGAAAGUACUACUUAGUUGUACUCGAUGAUUACAGUCAUUUCGUU